CGGUAGAAGUACAGUACCGCUAACACCAAGCCGGGCUCCUCCGCAGUGACUUUUCUUCCUCUUAGGAUGGAUGAUUUGAAGAUGUUAUGAGAAGGAGAUACCGUUGCUCCUACCUUGGUGGAGUUUUGUAACAACAGAUCCGGUGGAUCGCUGAGCACCCCCUUAGUGCGCAAUGGAGAAGUCUCAGCAGAAAGACCGAAAAAACCCCAAAUCCUCUAAACAAGAUGCCCAGCCUGUUGAACAGAAACUUGACGCCGGUAACCGAGGGCUGAAGAAAAUGAGCAACAAGACAGUGAUAACAGGAGGUGCUGGCAAUUUUGGCUAUAGCCUUGGCCGUGCCCUUGCCAAAUCAGGAACCAGUGUAGUUCUCUAUGACAUUAACCAACCCCUCUGGGAAAUUCCAAAAGGCGUUGUACACGUACAGGCAGACGUGAGGCACUAUGACCCGCUUUAUGCAGCCUGCGAAGGGGCAGACUGUGUUAUUCACGCAGCCGCAUACGGAAUGACAGGAGUAGAACAAUUGCACAAGAGGCAUAUUCGGUCUGUCAACGUCGGAGGAACCCAGGUCGUCAUUGAAGUCUGCAAGCGACGAAGCGUCCCCAGGCUGGUCUACACAAGCAGCAUCAACGUGGUGUUUGGCGGGCAAACCCUUAUUGACGUCGACGAGCAGAGUGUGCCAUAUUUUCCUUUAGCAGAGCAAAUGAACGAGUAUUCCAGAACCAAAUCAAUUGCAGAACAGAUGGUUCUAGGAGCAAACGGAAUGCCCUUAGCAGGAGGUGGCAAGCUGCAUACCUGUGCUCUUCGAUCGCCCGGCAUCUAUGGGCCGGAAGAACAAAGGCAUCUUCCCCGGAUGGCCUUGAAUAUUCAAAGAGGGGUGUUUAUCUUCACAUUUGGGGGACCAGAGACCCGGAUGAACUGGGUUCAUGUCAAGAAUCUCGUGCAAGCUCACAUCCUCGCCAUGGACGCCCUCACUCCCGAGAAGAACUAUAUAGCUGGUGGCCAGGCAUAUUUCAUCAACGAUGGAGAGAAGGUCAACGUUAUUGAGUUUUUAACCCCACUGUUUAAAGGAUUGGGUUGCAGCAAGCCAUGGAUACGUGUUCCUGUUCUUUUUGCUUAUUUUUCAGCUGUGGCAAUGGAACACCUGCACAACCUGUUAAUGCCCAUUGUUGAAAUCACACCUUUGGUCACCAGAAAUGAGGUUUACAACAUUGCUUACACGAACACAUUCAAAAUAGAUAAAGCCCGGCAACAGCUCGGCUACGCCCCCAAAAAGUACUACUUUGCCGACUGCGUGGAUCAUUAUUUGAAAACCAGGCCCUUGAAGAAGAAUUAUUUCAUGUUCAAAUCCUUCGUGGUGAUAGCCCUGUUCAUUGCCCUGAUCGUCCUGGCAGUUUACCGCCAAGAGGUUUUCGAGUUUGUUCACGAGAACUGGGAAAAGUACCGACAUCUCAUCAUGUGAUAAACCGGCCGUUCUCAGACACAGAGUCGGUCGGGGGAACAUUGCCCGUGGAGAGAUCGCACGGUCUGUUUUUCUUAGCUCUAAAGUAGUAGGCAGGCAUGUAUAUUAAGAGGAAUAAGAAACAUACAAGGCAAUCGUCCUGCGGUGGCUAACAAACAGAAAGCCAAAAUGGCCACCAAAAAUCACACUCAGGAGACUCGCGCAAGGGGAGAGGGUGUUGUUUUUAUACCAGCGGUGUUUGCCUUCAGUUGGUUCCUCGUCUUUUUGUCAAACUGAAGAAGUGGGUGGGGGGCUUUCAAAGGCUGUGUACAAAUAAUCCUCCACAGACACAUCAGGGCGGCUUCUUGGCCGCUCCAGGUCACGAUGAGAAACGGGGCCGACGAAGGUGAUAAAGGGAUCCAGGAGUACAGUGCCAACAGUGAACCAUUUUGCACGGCACCGGAUGUCUCUCGCCAACUUUGUGGCACGAGCUGAAAAUAAAAGCACGCCUGAAAACC